AUGAGUUCCGACAGCUCCCUGGCACCCGGCGAGUUGCGCCACAGGCAUGCUGUACCUGCUUCCGAGAGCGAACGUGCUCCCCCGCGUGCGGAGUCGGGCCGGGGGGAGGAGGAGGGCGAACCGGCACCCAAGGCCAGGAAGACCUUUGGCCGGACGCCGGACGGCACAAUCUUCACCGUGCCUACCACGCAUGACAUGGUCUCGCAGUUGCUAGAUCCCCGCCAGCCCAAGAACCUGUCUGAUGCGUUGGUCUUGGCCAUCCUUGCCGCCCACAUUGCCCUGCUGUGCCUGCUGCCCUCAUCUCUCAAGCGGCCCGCCUUCGCCCUCAUCUUCCUCAUAUGGCGAGCUUCUUAUAACUUGGGCAUUGGCCUUCUGCUCAGAGUGCAGUCUAAUGAGAACAAGAUGGUCAACUGGGCAAAGACGUGGAAGCUGUUCGAGAACCCCGCCACAGGUAGGAACCCACGGCCCUGGCUGUAUAAGCUCCUGAAAAACGAAUUGGAGACAAAGAUCCCCGAGGACUACUCCUUCGAAGAGGCCCCGCUCGAGUACAAUACCUGGCUUGUCUUUCGACGAGUAGUCGAUCUUAUUCUCAUGUGUGAUUUCGUGUCGUAUUGUCUCUUCGCCAUUGCUUGUGGCCACUCGCCUGAGAACGAGUCCACGCUGAUCUGCUUGGCCCGUUGGUUCUUCGGCCUGGGCCUUUUCGGCUUCAACCUCUGGGUCAAGCUUGACGCCCACCGUGUCGUCAAGGACUAUGCUUGGUACUGGGGUGACUUCUUCUAUCUGAUCGACCAAGAGUUGACGUUUGACGGCGUGUUCGAGAUGGCCCCUCAUCCCAUGUAUUCGAUUGGAUAUGCCGGGUAUUACGGCAUUUCCAUGAUGGCUGCCAGCUAUUCGGUACUCCUCAUCUCCAUCGUGGCACAUGCUGCGCAGUUUGCCUUCCUUGUGCUUGUGGAGAACCCUCAUAUCGAGAAGACAUACAACCCGCCGGCGCCUCGAAAGCGUGCAGAUACUCAGACCUCCGCCGACAACUCCGCACAGGAGACAGCCGGCGCCGUGCAACCUGGAGCUGCUGAUUCACCCACUGCAGCGUACCAGAACGAAUCUCCAGCGCAGAUCCACAAUCUUUUGGGCUUCAAGAACCUUGAUCUGUUCAGAACUACGGACUACUCGACAUUGCUUCUUCUGGGAUACCUCACUUCCUUGGCUAUUGUGACACCGAGUACUCCUCUGUUUCAGUUCUUGUUUGUCGUUCACGCUUGCGCUUGGCGGCUGUGGUACUCUGUUGGUCUUGGUGUGAUCCUCAACCGGCAAUCCAACAACAAGAUAUGGACCCGGCAUUUUGUCAAGUUUGGUGAAAGUUCUGGUGAAGCCUGGCGUCAGUGGAAGGCCAUGUACCAUAUAUCCCAGGUAUUGUGUUAUGCGUCCUUCAUCGCCGCUUGCUGGAAACUCUACGCAGUCCCGGCAAGCUGGGACUAUGGUUUUGUGUUGCUGAAGCACACACUGGGUGCCGGACUGAUCGCCCUGCACAUCUGGACCUCUGUCAGCAUCUACGAGUCCCUCGGGGAGUUCGGCUGGUUCUUUGGCGAUUUCUUUUUCGAACAAGGGGCCAAGCUGACCUACUCUUCCAUAUACCGCUUCUUGAAUAACCCGGAGCGAAUCAUAGGUACCGCUGGUCUAUGGGGAGCUGCACUGAUUACGUGGAGCAGAUCGAUCUUCCUUUUGGCUCUCCUCAGCCAUCUUCUCACCCUUGGAUUCCUGCAAUUCGUCGAGCAGCCGCACAUGCAAAAGAUAUAUGGCCGUGGCCUGCGCAAGGAGGCCGGCUUGACCAAGUUUAUCAAGAGUUCCCUCCCCCCACCCGUCAAGGGAUGGAGCACUAGUGUCAACAAGGUCAUGGACGAAACGUCACAUUUCGUGGAGGAGUUUUUGGAUAAUGCUCGCCCGAAACUCGCUGCUGGCGUGUCCACUAUUGUGCGGGACACCACAGCACUGUUCAACAACGUUCCAGCACGCCUCACUUUGACCAAGCUUUCACCGGACCUGGCUGGUUUCGAUCCAAAGGACUAUUCUCUUCGAGUAGAGGGUGAAUCCGCCGCUCAUUCUACUUUGACCGAACGUUCUACUGGCAAAGAAGGAACCAAUGCCCGUUUCCCAGGUGAUCUCAAGACCAUGAUCCUCGAAUACGGCGCUCCCAUCAAAGUCAAAUGGACUGCGCCGGCAAAGCACCACAAGAAGGAUUGGAUCGGACUAUACAUGGUUGCAGACAACCGCUCCCGUGAAGCGACCGAGGCUCCUUCGCUUGGUCGUUGGGUCGCCGUCACUCCCAACCAGUAUGAUUCCACCGUUGCCGACAAAGGCAUUCUCAUGUCAGAUGUCACUGUCGACCAGGCCGACCCAACGGAAGGCGGUCUUGUUCAUGGAGAGGUCGUCUUCGAAGGUGACAAACUGUGGUGGACCAGAGGUGUCUUCGAAUUCCGGUACCACCAUGCUGGCAACCAUAACGUCAUGUCCAUCUCACAGCCUUUCGAAAUCCAGAUUGGUCGGUUCGAUGAGGAGGACGUGGAAGUAGACUCCCAAGGGCUGUAUCAAAAGUCUGUUGAGGCAUCUCUCCUACCUAUCCUGCAGAAUUGCUUCGACCGGAACCCGGAUAUUGCGCCGAGCACCCCAGAGGAGCCUUUCGGCAACCAUGUAGAGCGGGAUGGCAAAUACGCGAGGAGAGUAGUCUAUGCCAUUCAGCACAUGUUUGGCAUAGAAUUUGCGCCCGCCGUCGUACCGGCGGAUGGUAACGUCAAAAACCUCGCCUGGAGAAUCUGUAACGCCAAACAGGUCCUCGCACCUUACAGCAUGUCUCAUUCCAAAGGGACAACAACCCCAGCAGCAGAAAAAGCCGAACCAUAA